GUGUCGCGUCGCGCUGGUGUGCCGGAGGUCUAUGACGCAUUAUUCCGCACGCUCUAUUCCGUACCAUGUGACUUCAGCCUUAUGGAAGAAAGCGAUAAAUAAAAACUUUCGCGAAAAUUUGCGGAAAUGGCGGAUUUACAUGUGAUUUCCUAGAAAAGGUUAACCUCCAAAAUUCGCCGUCAAAACUUUAUUAUCUUGGUGUACUUGUCGAGUUACGUACGAGAGGUUAGGUUUGACGUCGCGGUAUCGUCCGGUGCGCCUAAUGAAGAGAGAGUUGCCGUCCUGGAGGUACGUCGUUGCUCGUCGUUCGCGGCAGGACGGGUUAUAAUCCGUCGACGUAAACCUGACACGUACGAUCCACGAAGAUACUUCAAGUCGCGCGAUCGUUCUCGUUCGCGGCGCGAACCUGCGAAUAUCACGUCGGCAUUUCGGAGCACCUCCCAGCACAUCGCGCCGAACACGUCGCCAGUGUCACUGGAUGCUCCAAUCUUGCGGCGAGGAUCGAGGCUGCGGGAGCGAGCAACGAUGCCCAACGGAGCGAAUUUGGGGUAUACCUGCGUAAAUGAUCUCGUGAAGCAGGCGAGAGUCAAUUGUGUGGGGAAGAAGCCACGCAGCAUGUACCAGAGGCUUUCCACCAUGCGCCAGAAGUCCGAGAUGGUGAAGAAGAACGGUAACGACAAGACUGCGUAUAUCCUCUUGAAGAGAUGGCUGGACACGAUCAAGUGACUGAAGAAAACUCAGGAUUACAAGGACCGCAAGUCCAUCUAUUCCACCAACAUGACCGUCGAUCAGCAGGGGAGAGUCAAUUGUGCAGGGAAGAAGCCACGCAGCGUGUACCAGAGGCUUUCCACUAUGCACUAGAAGUCUGACAUGGUGAAGAAGAACGGUAACGACAAGACUGCGUAUAUCCUCUUGAAGAGAUGGCUGGACACGGUCAAGUGGCUGAAGAAAACUCAGGAUUACAAGGACCGCAAGUCCAUCUAUUCCACCAACAUGACCGUCGAUCAGCAGGUGAGAGUCAAUUGUGCAGGGAAGAAGCCAUGCAGCGUGUACCAGAGGCUUUCCACCAUGCGCCAGAAGUCCGAGAUGGUGAAGAAGAACGGUAACGACAAGACUGCGUAUAUCCUCUUGAAGAGAUGGCUGGACACGGUCAAGUGGCUGAAGAAAACUCAGGAUUACAAGGACCGCAAGUCCAUCUAUUCCACCAACAUAACCGUUGAUCAGCAGGCGAGAGUCAAUUGUGCAGGGAAGAAGCCACGCAGCGUGUACCAGAGGCUUUCCACCAUGCGCCAGAAGUCCGAGAUGGUGAAGAAGAACGGUAACGACAAGACUGCGUAUAUCCUCUUGAAGAGAUGGCUGGACACGGUCAAGUGGCUGAAGAAAACUCAGGAUUACAAGGACCGCAAGUCCAUCUAUUCCACCAACAUGACCGUCGAUCAGAUAAAUGAAGUGAAAACCAUACUUGCAGACUUGAGGCAAAAGUCAGAGAUACGCUAUGAGCAUAGUUCCAGGAAGCACAACGACGCGGUGGAGAAAAUGGAGGUGGACACGGACGGUGUGGACACGGCAAAGACCUACGCGCCGAGUAGCGAUGUUAGCUUGAAAUUACCAGAGACACCGACUGACGAUCCUCUGUACGGCGACAGCGACAACUUUAUAUCGUGCAAUCAAUUGUAUUCUUUAUCGCAAACAAAUAACAGCAGGUAUUUGAUCAUCGACGUCAGGCAGAAGGCUCAUUAUGACGGAUCCAAAAUUACGUUCGACAAGUGCAUCAACAUUCCACAAUCGGAAAUUAAACCGGGUAUGAAUGUAUCAUAAACGUAAGACAUCAUAUGGUAUCGCGAAUAUCCUCUCUUCAAUAGACUAAGGAAGAAUUUAAUGUACGACGCGUGAUAAUAAUGUAUUUAUCACGAUUGAGUAUCAAUCUCUGCGAAUUGCGUAAGAGCGAUGGGCUGAAGCACGGGAUUGCGAUUUGUAUUUUAUUUUUCUUUUCGCCGAUAUAUUUCGUUCUACAAUAAAGCAAGUGUAAAAAGAGCAAGUUGUAUAGGUAUCAUAAUGUACGUUUGGUUUCUGUAUCAUUGUAUAGCUUAUGAAGUUUUUGUUAUUACUAUACUUUAAAAGGCCCAGUAUUCUUUUUAUUAGACUGAAUUUGUAGAAUACGAUCGCUCUUUUUACGAGAAUUUUUGUUACGCUAUAUGAUACAAAAGUGAAAUUGUGAAAUUAUAUAGAAUAUGUAUUUACCGAUCAAUGAACGCUACUAAAAUUAUUCAGAUCGCGUUUUCCACUUUUACUAUCUUAAUCAUAAAGAAUAUAUAUGGAACAAUUCAUUGUGCCAUAAUAAAUCUCGUAUUGUACUAUUUUUCCUGUUGAAAUUUUAAUAUUAAUCUAUUUAGAAAGAGAUUUGAGAAUUUUGUUUCCAACGUAAAGAUUAUGUGUAUUUGCUUUCUUCAUGUAGUCCUAUAUUAAAAUUUCCAUUAUUCCAAA